AUGGCGGUCCGGCUGCACCCGGGCUAUUUGGGGAAAGGAGUGGCUCCUCCUCAAUUUAGCAGCACUUCACCACCAUCAUCACCACAACUCUGCACAUCCCCCAAUUGGACCAUUGACGUGUCAGAUGCCAGAACGAUCAAGGUGACCAACAUACCGCCCUCGGCGACGGCGGAGAACAUGAAGGAGUUCUUCUCCUUCUCGGGAGAGAUCGAGUAUGUCGAGAUGCGAAGGGAAUCAGAGACGUCACAGGUUGCUUAUGUCACCUUCAAGGAGUUCCAUGGUGCAGACACAGCUCUGCUCCUCUCUGGAGCAAGCAUAUCUGACGUUUCAGUGAAUAUCACACCAGUGGAAGACUAUGAGCUCCCUCCAGAAGCCUACUCUCAUGGCAACACAAAAGAUAUGAGCUCGCCAUUGACGCCGACCGGGGCAGCAGCGGUGAAGAAAGCGGAGGAGGUGGUGAGCACGAUGCUGGCCAGGGGCUUUGUGCUGAGCAAGGACGCGCUGAAGCGGGCGCAGUCGUUCGACGGCCGGCACCAGCUGCUGUCGUCGGCGACGGCGCGGGUGGCGUCGCUGGACCGCCGUCUGGGGCUCAGCGACAAGUUCAGCCUGGGCACCGCCGUGGCCCGCGGCGCUGCGCGCGGCGUGGACGAGCGGUUCCAGGUGUCGGAGCUCGCCCGGGACGCUUUCGCUGCGGCGGAGGGCGUCGUGGCCGGGAGCCCCUACGCGUCGCGCGGCGCCGCGUGGGUAUCUGCCGCCGUCGGUGCCGUCGCCAGGGCCGCCUCCGAUGUCAGCGCCAUGACCAUGGAGAAGGUGGAGCAGGCCGAGCAGGGCAUGGUGGACGGCGCCGGCGCCGGCGCAGAGGCGGUGCAUGUCGAUGUGCCCGUGCAUGGGCUUGCGGAGCCCGCGCCAGGUGCAGGUGACCAAAAGAACAAGACAAUGUAA